AGCCCUCGAAGCACACAAAUACAUGACGGACGCCAUCGACGACUUUGCGAAGGCCAGCUGUCUCGAUUGGUCCAACGGGUUCAAGGAGAAAUGCAGCACGCUCGCUGCGGACAACGACCGCAUUCUUGGUGCAGAGAUCCCUGGGCAAGAGCAAGAUGGCUAUGAUGCAGAUCCCAAUUUCUUCUAUGGAACACAUCAACAUUCUCAUAUUUCCAGGCCAAGACUUCAACAACGCCCUGGGCGCUUCAAAAGAGUCAGGCUCGCUAUGACGAGGAGGCCUCAACAAGCUCCUGCUCCUGCUCCACCCACCACCUCACCGCCAGUCGCUGUCAAAACUCAUUUACGACACCUAUUCUCCCGGUCACCCCAUCGUGCAACGCCGCCUGUUGUCGAGGUUCCUUUUGCCCAGGGUCGACAACGUAAUACUGCAGCGGGCGCUCCUGGGAGUGAGCACUCCUUGAUACGCGAUGAAGACCCUCUUUCACCGGACCCCAAUGCGCAACAGCACCGACAACAACAACAGCAACAACACCAGCAAGCAGUAGCAGUCCAUAUAGACCCUGGGGAACAUGGAGGCGGAAAAUUAUUUGGAGAGUUUUUCCUCCGUAACGAUAAUGAACCUCCCAUCCAUCUGUAA